UUGGUUAUCAAAGACACCUGUUUAAUUCUCAUGCAGCAGUUCAGUGACCUGUUUUACGUGUAUAUAAAGACAGGAACUGAAGGAGUGGUGUCAGACUGCAUCUUGCUGUCUAAAGAGGUGAUAUUUCACAAUGAGGCGUGCUGCAGCUUUUCUGGUGUUGCUGCUCUGUCUGUACUGGACGAGGGCUCAGGGUGAGAGUGGAGGGGUGACAGGGAAUGAUAUCACUCAGACGGAGGUUCAGUCUGAGAUCCUGGGUGUCAUAGCAACCAGUGAUCAGACCAACAUCACCCCUGACAUCUGGGCUGAGCUGAAGGAGCUGAGAGACAUGGCCAUCACACACAGUGUGGAACUGAGGAAGCUGGAGCAGCAGAAUACAGCCAUACAGGCCAGACUGACAGCCAGUGAAAGCAAGAAUGCAGUGUUGGAGUCCAGAAUGAAAACCAGUGAAAACGAGGUGGAGGAGCUCAAGAGACAGAAUGCAGUUUUGAAGGCCAAAAUGAACACCAGUGAAAAUGUGAUGGAGGAGCUCAAGAUAGAGAACACAGAUCUUCAAUCCAGAGUAACAGCGAGUGAAGAUAAGAGCACAGUGUUGGAGGCCAGAAUGAACACCAGUGAAAACGAGGUGGAGGAGCUGAAGAUAGAGAACACAGAUCUUCAAUCCAAAGUAACAACAUUUGAAGAUAAGAGCACAGUGUUGGAGGCCAGAAUGAACACCAAUGAAAAUGUGACGGAGGAGCUCAAGAUAGAGAAUGCAGUGUUGGAGUCCAGAAUGAAAACCAGUGAAAAUGUGAUGGAGGAGCUCAAGAGGGAGGACACAGAUCUUCAAUCCAGAGUAACAGCAUUUGAAGAUAAGAGCACAGUGUUGGAGGCCAGAAUGAACGCCAGUGAAAACGAGGUGAAGGAGCUCAAGAGACAGAAUGCAGUGUUGGAGUCCAGAAUUAAAAUCUGUGAAAAUGAAGUGGGGGAGCUCAAGAGACAGAACACAGAUCUUCAAUCUAGAGUAACAACAUUUGAAGAUAAGAGUACAGUGUUGGAGGCCAGAAUGAACACCAGUGAAAACGAGGUGGAGGAGCUGAAGAUAGAGAACACAGUUUUGAAGGCCAGAUUUAAAACCAGUGAAAAUGUGAUGGAGGAGCUCAAGAUAGAGAACACAGAUCUUCAAUCCAGAGUAACAUCAUUUGAAGAUAAGAGUACAGUGUUGGAGGCCAGAAUGAACACCAGUGAAAACGAGGUGGAGGAGCUGAAGAGACAGAAUGCAGACCGACCAAAGGUGGCGUUCUCACUUGGUCUCACUGAUAAUCGACAAGUUGGACCCUUCAAUACUGACACAACACUUAAGUUCAGUAAAGUCUUCACCAACUUUGGUCAGGCCUACAGUCCAACUACAGGCCACUUCACAGCCCCAGUCAGAGGAGUCUACUACUUGUCAUUCACUACAGUGGAUGUCCGGACUAAAGUAUGGAGUCGUAUUUAUCUCUAUCACAAUGACAAGAGAGUGUUGUUUAAUGAUAAUUUCAAUGAUGAACAUGGCUAUACCAGAUUUUCUAAUUCACUGGUUCUUCAGCUGGAAAAGGGGGAUGUGGUGUUCAUGGUUUUACCUGCCAACUAUAGUGUAUUCGAUGAUACCAAUGAUCAUACUAACUUUAAUGGAUUUCUGCUUUUUCCACUGUGAGACGAAAACAUGACAAUUUCUUUAACCCAAAUUUUUUGGCAUUGUCUACAAACAAGUCAUACAGUAUUCAUAUGUAUAUGAAAGGAUGCACAUUGUUGCUGUGUUGGCUUUGCUCUGCAACAAACUACA